AUGUUCAGGCAUCUCUCCACCACCAACCAAGCUGUCACGAGCAGCGAUCCACAUGGCACCUCAGUCACGAACAACGAUCCAAAUGGCACCUCAGUCACGAGCAACGAUCCACAUGGCACCUCAGUCACGUGCAGCGAUCCACAUGGCACCUCAGUCACGUGCAACGAUCCACAUGGCACCUCAGUCACGAGCAACGAUCCACAUGGCACCUCAGUCACGAGCAGCGAUCCACAUGGCACCUCAGUCACGAGCAACGAUCCACAUGACGAUCCACAUGGCACCUCAGUCACGUGCAACGAUCCACAUGGCACCUCAGUCACGUGCAGCGAUCCACAUGGCACCUCAGUCACGUGCAACGAUCCACAUGGCACCUCAGUCACGUGCAACGAUCCACAUUGCACCUCAGUCACGUGCAACGAUCCACAUGGCACCUCAGUCACGUGCAACGACCCACAUGGCACCUCAGUCACGGGCAACAAUCCUGAAAUGUCUGCCGGGGCAACGUUAACAAAAAUUCCGCUUUUUUCUCCGGCAAUAAAAUUUCUAUGCUCGCCGCCAUAA